AUGCUGGCGACCCUUCACCUGCGAAAGACGGGCACCCAACUUCAUAUCUUGCAAAUUUGCAGGCGGCAGCUCGCUGUCAAAAGUGACCUGGAUACAGAGGAGGCCUGCACUGGUUCUCGCCCUUUAGAUGAGAAUUGGUCGCUGGGGAAAUUGUUAGAGGCAGAAACAUUCACUCUCGAUGUUUUGUUUUUUCACAACGGAUUCAGGCUCGAAACUACCUUACUCCCCACGCUCUCGGUACUCAUAGACUAUCCUCCUCACUCAAUCAACAUGCGCUUGCGAAGAGCGAUCACAAUCCCGACUCGUUACGAGGACGAGGAUCUAGUGGCACCAAGGUCGCGCAAUGGAACCAGACCUGCCUAUCCCUCCUUGCUUAAAGAUCAAGUCAUUUCUUUCAACCCUGACAAUCCCCCAGCACGAUUUCCUUCAUUGCCGCUGUUCGCUUCGUGCCCCUCGGCACGUCAUCAACAGCAUGAUAUCGGUGCAGCCGCCAAACCUUCGACCAGCCUUGAAAAUGUCCCAAUGGACUCGCGCAACAGACACGGCAAUAUUCGCUUGCUGCAAAGUGGGAAGCUAAUUCCAACGAAGGCAGAUCUGGCUCAGCCUCCGAACACCCACGCCCCGAGAGAUUGUAGCAGUACGACGCAUGACUUCAUCGCCACCUCCCCUCAUACUUCGGCACACGCGAUACAAAACAAAUCACAAGCGCCUGUCGCUACGCUUGUAUCCAAAGAACAAUCGUCGCGGUCUGGUGCCGAUCAUUCAUCGGCUCUUGACGCGUCACCUGUGGCAGAUGGCAGCGGGCUGUGCAAUACCUAUCGAAAUGAAGAUGCGGCCAUGUGGAAUGCUCUUCCCCUGUCCUUGCAAUACCAAAUAUUCAGUACCGUAGCGAGGUUUCAUCCUACAAAACAUCUCAAGCAAUUACUUGGUUUGACAGAAGAAGAAUUCAGUGAGAUUAACAGCGCAGCCUCUCUCCGCAAUGAUUGGUCGGCGUCUCUUAGUGAAAUAUGGCAAUGUGCUAGAAAUGGUACCGAGCAUAUUCCGGGCUUUCCAGAUGACAUCUCUAUUGAUGCUGAGAACUUUAAGAGGCUAUCAGAUUACAUGGUGUUUGCAAGCAGUUUUGAAUUCGCUUUCAAGUCAGAGAUACGCGAUGCGGAAAGAUAUUUGUUGAGGCGCGGAAUGGUUUGCGACUUACUUACCUCGUGGAUACCAGAUCCCUCGGAGCCAGACGGAACACCGUACUUUGUCCGCCUCCCGGCAGCAGCAGAGUCUAUCACUCGCAUCGACUCUCUGCUUGAUCCAGACCUCUCGUCACUACGAGGAGCCCAGAGGGAUGAGGUCAUAAGCCAAAAACCUCCCAGACAUCGACCCUCAAUUUGGGAUCAUACGCCGGUCGAGGAGAAUAUCCAUGGCAAACAGAAACCAAGCAAAGGUAAAUCGAAUGUGCUAGGAGGUCGAUCGACGUCCGAACCAUUACAUCUUGUCCUCAAAAUUCAAAGCAAGGACGGUUUGGCUCGCGUGUUCAAGAAGAAGCAAAAAUCAAGUCGUCGCAGAUUGCAUCCAGCAGAAUUCGAGACAUCUCUGCAGGCUCUACCUCAUAAGCGGAAAGCUUCACAAGACGCAGGUUGCCCAACUCCAAUCAAAUCUCCUAGGAAAAUUGAUGCAAGUUCCAAAUCACCUGCGACGAAAUUGGUUGCUAAUGAUAUCAACAAUGAACAUAUCCGCCACAUAGAUGCAAAUCUAUCUCGAUGCCGCACACUGAGCCUAUCUCAUGAUUGCGGACAUGCCGUUACGCCCUCCAGCACCGGGCUUCUAGCAUCAGAUAAUUCGGCUCUCCGUCAAGCAUCGCUUGCUUCGCAAAGUGUGCGCCUGAGAUCGCCGUCCUACUCACCAAUCCCCGAGAAUGAGGACCUGGAGUCGUACCAGGCACUCCUUCGUAAUCCUCCCCGGAAAAUGAAGAUCUCCAAUGCAUGCUGGAGCGCGGAAGCUCAUGUGCAACGGAAGGAGAAUCAGAAUAAGUUUAGCAUUUCCCCUGUUCAAGAUAUUCCUCAUGGUAGAGAUGCAAGUUGCGCUACUCUGAUGCCUAUUGCACCAUCGAUGAACACCAAACAUAUUCCCAGCUCCAGCUCGGCUGCAAUUGAAUCCGCCGUGGCGGCGACUCCGAAGAAGCCGAGAAUCAUACUCUUGUGUAAGAAGCCAAAAGACUCGUCAUCUUCCAGAAUCGAAAGUUCUGUGUGCAGUACAGAGCAGACAUUGACCAAGAACCAAAUCGAAUCAUGUAACAGAGAAAGCGAUAUGACAAUCACGCCGCAUGGUGCCCAAGACGCACGGGUUAAGGAUACCGAGGUCGGGUAUUCAUCAGUGAGGAGAAGCCAACGAUUACAGGCAGGACCGAGGCCUGGUCAGGAGCUCGCAUCAGGAAACCCUUCCGAUGAAACCUCCGAACAUGUCUCGACGGAAAGCCGGGCUAAAACUUCUGUAAAGACGUCAGAGAAGAAAUUAAGUUUGAAGAAAGAGACACGAGAGCCGGAUUCACAAUUGAGAGGUCCAGGCCGACCAAGGGGUCCGAGAGGACCUUACCGAAAGACCAGGGAAAGAAUGGCAAAAGAAAAGCAAGAGGAGGCAGAAGAAGCUGAAAGCACGUCUCAAGGGGACACGAGCCUACAACCACACGAUGAUCUUGCACCACCGAUGAAGAGCCUCAAAAAGGAAGAGAAGAAAAAGAAGCGGCAGGGUAUGAUGUGA